UUCGUCGGGCUGCUACUGUGCCUGUACACGGCAGAUGCAACGAUGCCCAUCCUCCGCUGGCUGCCCAGCCUGUUCACCCCGCCGUCUCUGACCAGCCUGCUGCCGUUCCCGCUGGCGCUGCCCCUGGCCCUCGUGGGGCCCCUGCCGUUCGCGCUGCCCCUCUUAGUCGGUCUCAAGGGCGCCGGGCUGGUCGGCGUGGGCUUUGCCACCGGAGGAGCCGCCGGUGCCGGCCUGGCCGGACUAGGAGCCCUCGGUCUCAAGGCUGCCCUGAUCAACUCGGCUGCUCUCAAGAUCGCCGGCUUGGGCGCCAUGACUGCCAAGGCUAAGAUCGUCACGGCUGCUGCCAAGGCCGCGGCCGAAGCCGGAGUCAAAGCUGUUGUCCACCAGGCCAAGUCGAAGAUCGCAACUGCGCCCAUCGUUUCACGCGUAGCUCCUGUCGCACCAGUCGUCGCAGCGCCAACUCUUCCAGUUGUUCCUGCGGUUACCAACGUGAAGAUUAUUAAGACGCCGCCAGUCAUCACUGCCCGCCCCGUGCCCGUUGACCCAUGGAAGGUCGGCGCCACUCUGCCCGCUGGUUGGGACCACUCUAUCAUCUACGGACACCCAUUCUUCGGAUACGGCUUCACCAGGAGCGCCAUCGAACUCCGCAAGCGCAGGGAGGCCGUCGUGGCCGACACUGCAGCAGCAGGGAUGAACCCGCAGAUGCUGAAGAACAUCUUCGAGUACGUGAGCAGCUACGACGCCGAGCGCUGCGUUCUGCGCGUGGUCUGUGAGGUGGCUGCCCAGCCUAGCCUUGCCGGGCCCCAAGGCAGGAACGUCGCCGAUUUCAUGACAUCUCUGUCCAAGGACGACUCCGGAGCCCCCUGGAUGCCGUACCGCGACGCCGCCCUCACCGGCCGGGUGUCCGCUGACCGCACCCGGUGCCAAGAGCGCUACCCGACGUGCUCCCAGUCCACCGAGGCGCUCGUCAAGAUGGCGCAGACCAGGAUCCUUCAGGCUUCCGAGUCCGUGAGCGGGGCCGCUACCAGAGUCUAAAUCCUGUUCGUGCCGGCGAUCAUGGACCACGGUGACCACCGACCGCUACCAUCGGCAGUGUCGCCGCUGUGCUCCAUGCCUACUUAGGCACUUCGUCAGCGCACGAACAAGGAUCGCACAGGCAUCCGCUACCGGUGGUGCUACAAGUGCAUACGUCCUCGUCAAUCCGCAGCUGUAUAUUACUGCAGCUACAACUGUUAAUAUUCUAUGUACAUAGCUAGUAGCAACAUCUAUAAUGAAUC